GCCCAGCCACAAGCGCGCCUUGAAACCCGCUCCCCGCGAGCGGGAAGGCCUGGGACGGGCAGGCCCCGCACACAGGAGUAAACCGGGGGACAAAGUCCUGGGCAAGCGGCUCUUAGCUGCACGGGGGGAGGAGGCGGUGGCAGGGCGCCCAGGACGGGACCGCGGGCUUCACCCGCCAGAGCCCGGGACAGAGUGCGAGUCGAGCGGCGCGCAGAGCGCGUCCGAGCUCUUUCCCUCUUUGUCUCUCUCUCGUCUUCCCCGGCGGCUGGGAGAGAGCAAGCCGAGUCGCAAACAAGCCAGGCCGAGCGGCGGGCGGGCAGGAGGGGAGGAGCCACGGGCCUCGCUCCCGCCCCCUCAGCCCCGGCGGGCUCUCUCCCGCCCUCUUUUCCUCCUCUCAGUUUUCAAUCAGGUCGGCUCCCAGGGAAUAUAUGCACACGUCACCCAACUCACCGCACACUCUGCAGCCUGUGCUUUUCGUAGACAUGUCGGGUCGUGGCAAAGGCGGCAAGGGACUGGGGAAAGGCGGCGCCAAGCGCCACAGGAAGGUGCUGCGGGACAACAUCCAGGGUAUCACCAAGCCGGCCAUUCGCCGCCUGGCUCGGCGUGGCGGCGUGAAGCGCAUCUCCGGCCUCAUCUACGAGGAGACUCGCGGGGUGCUCAAGGUCUUCUUGGAGAACGUGAUCCGCGACGCCGUCACCUACACGGAGCACGCCAAGCGCAAGACCGUCACCGCCAUGGACGUGGUUUACGCGCUCAAGCGCCAGGGCCGCACUCUCUACGGUUUCGGCGGCUGAGCUGCCCGUCCCAAACUCUCAGCAAAACAUCUGUACCUAAGG